GAGAUUGAAUAGAACUUGGAGGAUUUUUUUACAUCUCCAGCUUGAACAAAUGGCCUUUGCAUCGUCUACCAGUUUCAUAGUUGGGAAGUUGAAGAGCAGUAAUGUAAGACAAGUUGCAUACAAAACUCAGGUAAAAACCUUUGAAAACCUUCGCAUUUACAGCAGCAUUUCUUCCUUCGACGAGCCGGAUUUUCAGAAACUAACUUUCCAUCCAACUGAGAGCUAUGAGAAACGAAACUUUGCACACCCUUUGCAGAAAGUGUGGUCAGGAGAGGUUGCGACAACCGGUGCCUGGGAACGUCCCAUAUCUACUAGCUUUCGUGAGGAAGUACUGGUUACUCCAGAGUCAUCAGAAGCCUUUGGGCGGUUGCAGAGAGAGUUGGCUUCCGAACGUAGAGAAAGUUUGCGUCGUUUGGAGGAAGAGAGAAGAAAGCCGAGACUCGGACGUCCAACUUGUGGACCCGAGGAGGGUGUUGGAGUUGUUUCCAAUGCGUCCGACUUUGGUUCAAGUAAAAUAAGGUGUGUGGAAUAUUGGGGUCGCCCUGGACGCAUGUUUCAAGAGUAAUAUUUGUGUGCUUUAAAAUUAGUUCUUCUUUGGGAUGAAAUAAAAGUUAUGGCUACAACCAUUAACUUCUAAUAUAACAAA